UCGCAAUAAUAGACGUCAGGAACAUCAGAUUCUUUUUGAAAACCAACGCAGUGACCAUGCUGCCAGACAGAACACUGAUCACAUUGAAUAUAUAACCCUCCGUCACUUGAAUCAUCGUCAUUAUCCUCGAUACCGCAGACACAACGAGUAAUUUCUGACCCCUUGGAAGAUUCAUUUUCCUCUUCUGAAAUCGAACCAUUGGUCGCGUUGACAGAAUUUCUUUCCUCAUUUUUUGAAUUAGUUUUCUUUUCUUUAUUUUCCUCUGCUUUUUUUGAGGAUGUUCGAGGCAUUCUUAAGCAAAAUAAAUUGUUGAUUCACCAGGUGUCGUAUAAGCAGUAGCCAAGUUUAUGAUGCAUAGGCGAAUAACAAUACCCUGUGUCAGAGAACAGAAUAAAACUCAAUGAAUCAAUCCAUAGAAAAAUGGAUGAAGAGUUUUUAAGCUUUUUAAUGUAAAAAGUUGCAUUUUCGCAGGACUGAAACCAUGUCCCUCAUGGUUAACUCAGUAUCCUAUAAAGCAUUCAGCGGUUGUCGAACGAUUUAGAUUCUUCUUUCGUACACGACUGGAUCUUUUAAGUUGAUUUUCCCCUACUUAUGUCAAAAAGAGGACCAUAUUCGCUGCAACGAUCUAUGUAAACAAACGACAAUUGUCGGCUUACGCUGCUGAAGGACUGGUUUUAAACAUUUUCGCUUUCACAAGAAUCAUCUUCUUUUAUAAAAAAUUAAAAUCUUGUCUUGAACGGAUCCAAGUGCAGGACAUUCUGAAAAAACUCCGUAUGUGUACCCUCAAGUCUGUGUAACAUAGCUAUGCAGAAUUUUCAAAAAAAAUAAGAGGGUAGAUUUCAAUGUUUUUUCAUGUCUAAGACCUAGCCAGCCUACAAUGAUUUGCAUACGUUUCGUAUUGAUUGCUUUGAUUUCUAGUCAAUGGGGGAUAUUCUUCGUUCCCGCCGCUGGAACUUGUAGCCCUUCCUCUUCUUAAAACAAAUAAUUUUUUUGCCUUGGUUCCUGCUUUCUCGUGUGAUACUUUGAAAACAAAAUUCGGGCUAUCGAGUUUCUACCCUCAAUACUAUGCUUUAAUGGAACCAUCCAUCACAAAAAAAUCUGGAAGACCGUUCGUCUUUCUAUGUAAUAUGUUUGAAAAGCAAUAAAAGGUCCAAUUUCUCAUAGCUGCAGCGCAAUCUUUAGCAGUCCUAAACUUACAUUCUCGUAAAUUACUCUCCAAAGGUUGUAACAUAUUUUUUCAAUGUUUGAUGACUGAUUCCUUUCUUAAUUGAUCCUGUUUUCAAGUGAAAUUCACCAGUCUUAAUAACAGACAACGGUUUGAGGCCCAUCCUCCUUUACUCUUUUGGAUACAUACUUCAGAUACAAUCAAACUUUAUAGGACUUAUUUAGUACAAGUUUUGUUCAUGUUCUACAUUCUGCUAUUCUCCGUCACACUCUAUGUUGUUGUCUUUGAAGAAUGCAUCAUCAAUGGUAGCAUCUUCACUUACACCGUACACAGUUUCCUUGUACAUUUACUUCUGAAGUAGUAUGGAAAUUUAAUUCCAUCUUCUUUUAAUUAGUUAUUGGUUUGUUCUUUUAAUAAAGUAGACAUUGAUUUCAUUACGUUUUCGCAGGUUUGCGUAUAGCUUUUGUUUUUGUGUGAAGAUUGCUAGCUGGACAUUGUCAUUGUUUUUGCAAUAUUUCUUUUAUUUAUAUAUCACCUACGGUUUAUUCUCCUUGGCUCUUGCUUUAAGUCUAAGAAAGCGUUUUCUGACACUAUACCAAGCCAUUCAUUCCUUACCCCAUUUCCAUUAAGUUCAUACUCAACUAUGUCAGAUUAUGUACGCUUGCAGUCUCCACCGGACUCUGUACAUUAUGGCAGUGCUGGCUUCUUUUCCUCCGUAAUUAAUCUCGCCAACACCAUCUUAGGCGCUGGCAUCUUGUCUAUGCCUCAUGCAUUCACAAAAACUAGCUUGUUUUUUGGCUGUCUCACCAUCUUUUUUAGCGCAUUUGCUUCGUUUUUGGGUUUAUAUUUUGUGUCAUUAUGCGCCGCUCGUCUUCCUCGUGGAAAGGCCUCUUUUGCUGCCGUUGCAAAGCAUACAUUCCCUUCCUUGGCAAUCGUUUUUGAUGCUGCUAUUGCUAUAAAAUGUUUUGGUGUUUCUAUCAGCUAUCUCGUUAUUGUGGGUGACUUGAUGCCGCAAAUUGCACCUUUGCUUGGUUUCACCGCUCCAAUUUUUGAAUCUCGUGAAACGUGGAUCUUCUUUUCUAUUUUGAUUUUGACUCCAUUGACUUUUUUGCGCCGUUUAGAUUCUCUUCGUCAUACGUCUCUUAUAAGUUUAAUCUCUCUCAGUUACUUGGUCAUUAUUGUCAUUUAUCACUUCUUUAGAGGAGAUAUGGAACGCGGAGAAGUUCGCUACUUUCGUCCUGAAUCUCUUUCUGGGUAUCUUUCUGUUCUUCCAGUGUUUGUCUUUGGAUUUACCUGCCAUCAAAAUGCUUUCAGUGUAAUCAAUGAAGUGAAAAUCCCUUCUCAUAGAUAUAUUAACUUCACUUUGUUUAUUGCAAUCUGUUCUUCGACGUUUCUUUAUCUCAUUGUUUCAAUUGCUGGCUACCUUUCCUUUGGUUCUUUAACUUCGGGAAAUAUUAUUGCAAUGUAUGAUGACGGAAGUUUUUUGAUUGCUUUUGGGAAAUUGGCUAUCGUGAUGUUGGUACUGUUUAGCUAUCCUCUACAAUGCCAUCCAUGCCGAAACUCGUUGUAUCAAGCUAUUCGUCGUUCUUAUUCUGCUCACGAUAUGUCCAAUGCCUACCAUAUUGGAUUGACGAUAUGUAUUCUUGUUACCUCUUUACUAAUUGCCCUUUCAUUAUCGUCCCUUGAGUUGGUACUCGCUUUUGUUGGUAGUACUGGUAGUACUUUCAUUUCUUUCAUCCUUCCUGGUCUGCUAUAUUACUUCUUUUCACACAGUGUUGCUUCUCCCGAUAGUACUUCAGAGAAAGAACUGAAGAUUACUAGAAUUAUUGCUGUAUGUCUCGCUAUUUACGGAGUCUUCGUGAUGGUCUUGUGUUUGAAUAUCAACCUGGCGAAGCUUAAAUAAUGAUUUCAUUUAGUAAAUUUUAUGGAUAUUCUUGUUUACGUUUCCUUUAACCAUUUUAUUAAUGACUAACAAACUUAGCCGGUUUCCUUUUUUACAGAUUAACCAGCAAUAUAAUUAUUUCUUCUUAUCCUUUCAACUUGGACCCUUAUUGAAACAUGUUUACAGGCCGAAAGUCAUCCUGAACAGGAUACCAAACUAACCACGAUUUGCAUGGCAUAUAAUGCCACGGUGGUUUUUUUCCGUAAUAUAAGUCUCCUGUUUGCGAGUACUGGUAGCUUGGUUGCCUGCUUCUUGACUCUUGUGAAGUUACUUCAUCCGGAAUAUAGUAAACAAAGUUAGAAUUACGGUCAUUAAUUGGCAUUGUCUGAGGUGGGUAGUAAGGACCUGGAAAGCUUUCAGCUUCUGCCUGCCAAGGGUUUACAUCGCUAUCAAUGAAUAAAGGCGUAUCUGGACUGGGGUACAAACUAUCGGAAACAUGGAUUUCAGAAGGAAAUUGAAAUGCCUCAUUUAGUAUUGAGAGAGCCUGGAGGGCUGGGUAUUCACUGAGCAAACGAAAGGCUCGUUGAAAUUCACUUUGUAAUCCUUUUACGCUUGUGUCGUCCGCCGUGUUAGCGAGGUUGCGCGAUGUGUUGAAUGGUUCUUCGACGCAUAAAGAAUUGUUCAUGUCCAUAUUCCAUCCUUUGGAGCGUUUAUCUAAAAGGGUUCCACUCCGAACGGAGACGACGCUCUCUUUAUAAUCAUAAACGAAUCCAUAAUAUCGGAAAAAAUCUAGCAAGAGUUCUCCCAAGGAGGAUUUGUUUUGAAAAGAGUUUUUCUGAAAAUUUCCGAGAUCUGUUAAAAAAUGAAUAUUGUUUGUUCGUCUGUCAUUUAGUUCCAUCAUGGAAGGAAGUAAGCAAGGUUUCCGAGUUUGCAAAAAAUUAACAAUCAUACAAGAAAGCGUAUAAGAAGUGAUUGUCCCACACCCGACGGCAUCAUUAAGGCUUCGUUGCUUUGCCCAGUAUUUAAUAAUUAGUCCGAGUGCUCGUACACGUGGGUCAAUCUUUACGAAAAGAUGCAGCAUCUCCGUGUUUAGUUUUGCAACAUCAUUAUUUAUGUUGAUAUCACCGCUAAUAUUUAGCUGUGGAUCCCACAUUUUCACAAUGGGAACUCUCGCUCUUGGUACACAUGUGAUUCUCUUCAUUCCAUCUAGACAUUGGUCAAUAUUUUAACUUCUCAGUUCUUGCAUACAGGAGUGUAAGAUAUAAGCCAGCUGACAGGUAGAUCGCAGUUUUCCGUUCCCUCUUGUUACAAUACACACGUCUAUAUCAGACUGAUGAAUGGCUAAACGGCUUUCGGUGGAGCCGAACACAAAAAGAUCUAAAUUUUUAUCUUGUAUAGAGUUUUUCAAAAUUGUUUUUAGUUUGAUGAUGAAUUGUUCACGACGAAAGUUUUCUUCAGGGGAAGGCUUCAAAUCCUUGAACAGUUUCCAGCAUUCUUUAGUUAGUUCUUCAGAUCCUCUUAUUUUGGCUAUAUUCUCAAGAUUGACAUUGCUUUGUAAAUGGAUGGACUUAGUUAGAAAACGCUUUCGUUUUGGUGAUACAAAGCUCUCGAAUGGACAAUAAUCAAAUCCUAACAAUUCCAUUUUCCAAAAAUCGUAUAUUACCUAGUAAUGUCAAUCUUUGCAAAAGUGCCGUUAAAGAAAGUCAUUCAUGUGUAUGUGAAAGCUGCAUUGUUUUGUUUGGCUAUAAAUAUGUUUUUCUCGAUGUAAACAAUAAAAUCCUGUGAAUUAAGUCAAUAUAUAAACAAACAAAUCCUCAGCAGGGAAACAAGC